ACAACGAGACCACAGAGAGCAGCAAGGUUCAAACCGAGCACUAAACCCUGGACUAAACCAGAACUAAACCAGAACUAAUCCAGGACUAAACCAUGGUUGCCUACAGUUCUACACCUGCAGACCCGGAGAGGGGAGAGCACCCGGACCAGACCCUGGCUCUGGUCCAGACCCAGUCUUGGCUCAACCGGACGCUGAAGAUCUUUGGGGGUGUUUUUUUCUUGGCGCUGGCCCUGGCUCUGGUCUUCGUGGUGGUCUGGACCUGGAGCACGAGAGGAGACGCGACGGCGCAGAACGGCCACAGUGCGGCGCAGUUCCAGACCAAGACAGACAAAACUGAUCCUCACUCGACUCUGAGGAACAUCAGCAGCAAAGCCAAAGCAGCCAUCCAUCUGCAAGGCACGUACGAGGAGGGGGGGCACUCUGGUCUGCAGUGGUACAGUGGGCUGGGCCAGGGCUUCUCUCAGGGCGGCAUCCAGCUCCAAAACAACCGAAUCACCAUCCCCGAGUCCGGCGUCUACUUUGUCUACAGCCAGGCUUCCUUCAGGGUCUCCUGCCACAACCAGCCCCACCACCAGCCCCACGCCUCCACCCCCAGGUCGGAGGAGGACGGCCGGCCGCAGCGCUCCCCCCUGAGUCAUGGCGUGUGGAGGUUUUCGGACUCCAUCGGCACCGAGGUGUCUCUGAUGAGCGCGGUGAGGUCGGCCUGUUCGGGGCAGGAGGUCCGGAGCGCAGAGGAGAACCAGGGCUGGUACAACGCCAUCUACCUGGGAGCCGUGUUCCAGCUCCAGAAAGGAGACCGCCUCUGGACCGAGACCAACCAGCUGUCCGAACUGGAGACGGAGGAGGGCAAGACUUUCUUUGGGGUCUUUGCGCUUUUCUGAUUUUGAAGACGAGAUGGGAAUGUUCUAGAGGAGGUCUGAGGGUCACGGCGUCCAACAAAGCAGAAAAUGUCUCCACAGAAAACAAUUACAUACUCCAUUUGAUCAAAGUGACUUGGGCGGUUAUUCUACGAGGCGAGAAAAUGACACCAUUAAUACGUUUCAACAUCAACAGUCGUCAACAUUCUGCAGAGGUCUGAAGCUAACUGGAGGCACUGCUGUGUCUAAAGUUGUAUUAGCCCUGUAGCAUUUUCAUCAGAACCAUGACCACUGUCCUCCUUUGUAAACCUCAUGAAGAAAACACAAGAGUACUGGACUUUUGGACUUAAGACUUUUGCACUUUUAGACUUUUGGACCUUUGAACUUUUAGACUUUUGGGCUUUUAAAUAUUUGGACAUUUGGACCUUUGGACUUUUAGACCUUCAGACUUUUGGACUUUUAGACAUUUGGACUUUUAGACUUUUAAACUUUUGGACUUUUGGACUUUUGUGGAUGGAUUUUAUUCAUCUUGUUGGUGAAACAUGCUGGUCCCCAUGGAGACAAACUCUGACUCAUUUAAACUGUAGCAGUUUGAUCUAAGGCACUUUUUGCCGUUUACGUUUUUCUCUCUGUCACUAUUUUCUUUUUUUUUUUCUUUUUACUUUUGUCCGUUUGGUCCUAUUUAUUUAGGAAACAUUUUUAUUCUGAUGACAGCUGUUCAUUCCUUUUAUUCUUGUAGAUUUUUUUUUAAAGGUUUUGUUAGAAAGUGACUCAUUUUAUGUUUAUUUGAUUUGAUUUGAUCUUUGUUAAAGGUCCUGUUUUACGCAAAAGUUCAUCUUGUGAGUUUUAAGUCAUGUUUGAUGUUAUAAAACUCAACUCCAGGUCUGUUGUGAUGAGGAAACUACGUUAGAACAGAAAUAUGGUCAGUUUAAUGCUAUUUUGAUUCUUAUUUUUUAUUUCUUUACUUUUUGUCUUUGUCCGUUUUUAUGUGUAAUGACCCCUGUCCUCGUGUGUGACCUGAGCUCGUCCUGUGUGAUGUGAGUCUUAUGUGAGCGCCCCCUUCUGACACGUCUGAGACACUCCUCUGAUUCUUUUAUUUAAUAUUUAUUUGUAUUUAUGUCGGGGCUGUGGUGUAUUUAUAAAAAAUAAAAGUACAAACUGA